GGGCGAGCGUGGGGCGGGAGCCCGGGCUCGGCCCGCCCCGGGAGCCGGCCCCUCGGAGCCUCGGGCCCUGCAAUGGGACGUGUUCUCCUUUAAGAGUUAAGAAACUUGAAACCUUGUUUGCGCAACAAUCAGCGCCGCGGAGCCGCCAAAGUGUCUAGACUGGCAUAUGAUGGGAGGCAGCCAAUGACUCCGCGGCGCUCCUCCGGGGGCCCUCAGUGUGCGUUUGAGGAGAACAAAAAAGAGAGAGAGCCGAGCGGGGGAGCGAGCGAGAGAGCCGAGCCGAGAGAAAGAGCCGCCGGGCGCUGCCUCGCCAGACCUCGCAGGGACCGCGGGGCCACCGGGAGGCACUUUUUGCGGAGGGGGGAGGGGGCCGACCUCUGCAGCCGCGGCGCCCCGGGCGUCCGAGCGCAGCGUGGGGCGGGCUGCGACCUCUGCCUCGGUGGAUUGCAUUUUUAAUUAAGGAUCCCCAACAGCUCUUUGGGAUUUUUACAGUCUCCACUCAUGUGUUGACAACCCGCGUUCAGGAGAAACUUGCUCCAAGUGCAUCUAGCGCCUGGGACCUGAGACGGAGUUGGCUUUCCGUGCAUGCAAUUCCAGGAUUUUGGUUUUUGUUUGGGGUUUCUUUUUUCUUUCUUUUUCUUUUCUUUUCCUUUUUUCUCCCCCCCCCCCCCUUCCUUUUUGCAGGGAGUAAGAAGGAAGCGGAGGGUAUCAGCAAGCCUGCCUUUCGGCUCCUGCAGGAAGAGCCCAUGUAGUUAAGCGCUUGGGUUUCCAAGGCAGGGCUGCCCCGACGCCUCGGGGGGGUUCGGCGCGGGCGCUUUGUGCUCAUGGACCAGCCGCGCAACUUCUGAAGGCUCGCCGGCCCAUGCGGGGUCUUUCCGGGGCGCGGCGCCGCCUGCAGUCCCCCCUCCAGCGCCGGGGCUGGAGUUGCUGAGCAGCCGGGCCGCCGGGGUCCAUGUAGCCGCGGGCCCAGCGCGGACUGCGGCUCGGCGCGCGCGCGUCCCCCGCCGUCCCGGCCCGGCGAGCUCCCUCAUGUUGCAGCCCUGCGGCGCCCCUUCGACGACAGGCUGUGCGCGACCUGCACGGCGCCCGGCGGCGGAGCUUCAUGUGGGGCUGCGGCCCGCGCAGCCGGCGCCUCGCUGACCGAACGGACCACCGGUAACCGGAGACCGCCUGCCCCCCACCCCCGGCGCCAAAGGAUAUCGUAUGUUCAGGUCCAAACGCUCGGGGCUGGUGCGGCGACUUUGGCGAAGUCGUGUGGUCCCCGACCGGGAGGAAGGCGGCGGCGGCGGCGGCGGCGGCGGCGGCGGCGGCGGCGAGGAUGGGAGCUCGGGCAGCCGCGCUGAGCCGGCCCCGCGGGCACGAGAAGGCGCGGGCGGCGGCCGCUGCGAGGUCCGCCCGGUAGCCCCGCGGCGGCCCCGGGACGCGGCGGGACAGCGAGGCGCCCAGGGCGCGGGGAGGCGCCGGCGCGCAGGGGGGCCCCCGAGGCCCCUGUCCGAGCCGGGGGCCGGCGCCGGGGGCUCCCCGCGGGACGUGGCGGAGCCGGGAGGCCCGGGCUGGCUGCCCGAGAGCGACUGCGAGACGGUGACCUGCUGCCUCUUCUCGGAGCGGGACGCCGCGGGCGCGCCGCGGGACGCCGCCGAGCCCCCGCCCGGGGCGGCCCCGGAGGCGGCGGGCGGCGGGCGGAGCCGCGAAGCCCGCUCGCGGCUGCUGCUGCUCGAGCAGGAGCUCAAGACGGUCACGUACUCGCUGCUGAAGCGGCUCAAGGAGCGCUCGCUGGACACGCUGCUGGAGGCGGUGGAGUCCCGCGGCGGCGUGCCGGGCGGCUGCGUGCUGGUGCCGCGCGCCGACCUCCGCCUGGGCGGCCAGCCCGCGCCGCCGCAGCUGCUGCUCGGCCGCCUCUUCCGCUGGCCCGACCUGCAGCACGCCGUGGAGCUGAAGCCCCUGUGCGGCUGCCACAGCUUCGCCGCCGCCGCCGACGGCCCCACCGUGUGCUGCAACCCCUACCACUUCAGCCGGCUCUGCGGGCCAGAAUCACCACCACCCCCCUAUUCUCGGCUGUCUCCUCGCGACGAGUACAAGCCACUGGAUCUCUCUGAUUCCACAUUGUCUUACACUGAAACGGAGGCCACCAACUCCCUCAUCACCGCCCCGGGUGAAUUCUCAGACGCCAGCAUGUCUCCGGAUGCCACCAAGCCGAGCCACUGGUGCAGCGUGGCCUACUGGGAGCACCGGACCCGCGUGGGCCGCCUCUACGCGGUGUACGACCAGGCCGUGAGCAUCUUCUACGACCUACCUCAGGGCAGCGGCUUCUGCUUGGGCCAGCUCAACCUGGAGCCGCGCAGCGAGUCGGUGCGCCGCACGCGCAGCAAGAUCGGCUUCGGCAUCCUGCUCAGCAAGGAGCCCGACGGCGUGUGGGCCUACAACCGGGGCGAGCACCCCAUCUUCGUCAACUCCCCGACGCUCGAUGCACCCGGUGGCGGCCGCGCCCUCGUGGUGCGCAAGGUGCCCCCCGGCUACUCCAUCAAGGUGUUCGACUUCGAGCGCUCGGGGCUGCUGCAGCAGGGGCCUGAGCCCGACGCCGCCGACGGCCCCUACGACCCCAACAGCGUGCGCAUCAGCUUCGCCAAGGGCUGGGGGCCCUGCUACUCGCGGCAGUUCAUCACCUCCUGCCCCUGCUGGCUCGAGGUCCUCCUCAACAACCACAGAUAGUGGCGGCCACCGAGGCAGCGGCCUGCCCCCCCCCUCCCCUGCCCAGAGACACAGCCCCCCUUCCCUCCACGGACGAGACCCCCCUCCCCUCCCCUCCCCCAAAUAUCAUCUACCUAGAUUUAAUAUAAAGUUUUAUAUAUUAUAUGGAAAUAUAUAUUAUACUUGUAAUUAUGGAGUCAUUUUUACAAUGUAAUUAUUUAUGUAUGGUGCAAUGUGUGUAUAUGGACAAAAGAAAGACGCACUUUGGCUUAUCAUUCUUUCAAUACAAAUAUAUUUUCUCUCCUCUCCUCCUUCCUCCUCUGCUUUAUUAUUAUUAUUAUUAUUUGUUGUUUUGGUCUUGUUUUUGUUUCGUUGUGUGUGUGUGUGUGUUUUUGUUUUUGUUUUUUUUUGUUUUUUUUAAAGGAAAUGAUACAGCAGAGCUAGGUGGAAGAGCCUGGGUUUGGUGUAUGGUUUUUGAAAUCUCAUGCCCAGACAAAAAAAAAACAAACAAACAAAAAACAAACAAAAAACUAAUACCAGUCACUCGUUGAUAAUAAAGUAUUCGCAUUAUAGCUUUUUUUUUUUUUUUUAAUGUCUUCUUUUUUAACAAAGAGGGGGCAUGCAGGGCUUCAGUGGGUUUCUGGCCUAUGGAUCCAGCAUCCUGAAACUUGAUUUCAGUCUUUUACCAGGUAAAGAGUAGAAGUGAUAGAUUGAGAAGGAAGGAAGCGCAUGUGUUUACUGUCAAGGUCAGAGAAGGUUCUGAUGCACCCUCCUGCCAUGGCCCCACUGUGUCCUCAGGAUUGGGGCAGGGGGCCGGGGGGUGGGGGGAGCUAACCCAUCCUGGGUAGUCCCAUCCUGGGUAGUAAGCUCUGCCAGUUUGAUGGAGGAGGCUCAGGUCCAUGCCUCCCAUCUCUGAACUGUGCACAAGCCAGAAGACAUUAACUCUCACCACUCUGGGGAAAUGGCCUGAGAAAGAAAGACAGGUCCUUGAGCCCACCUGCCACCUUCAAAAAACCCACCCGAGUCCCAGGGUGAAGCUCCUUUGGGACCUAGACAAGCCACUCUCCCACCCCUCACCAAAGAGCUCAGAACUAGGCCAUGGGGGUUGUAUUUAGGAUUCACGCAAAGGCAGGUUGUUUCUUUCUACUCUAUAAAAGGGAAGAGAGUUGAGAUUCUAGAAGAGCAAAUGACUAGCUCAUAACAGAUCAGGGUUAGAAGUCACAUUUAAUGGUAGGACCAGAGCCAUAUUAAAGCAGUUUUCUCUCUUGAGAAAACUCAAAAAAAAAAAAAAAAAGAAAAGAAAAAAAAGAAAGAAAGGCUGCCUUGGCCAGAUAACUAAGGGGAAUGUCACAUUGUAUAUCUUCUUUCUUGGAGAUUUACAUUAGCAUAUUAAAUGCUCUGAGAAGUCGUGUGUAUUAUCUGUCGCUGCGUAAUAAAUCCUCCUAAAACGGA